UUGAUGAAAUUUUAUCAGGAGAUAAUGUCGGCUCAUUUUCUUCACCUAUGGUUCUUGGAACGGUACAUACAGAAGAGAAUGAGAUGAUAGGUCAGAUGGUUGAUAGCUUCUCAAAUAUCAAAGUUGAUGAAGAGUGUGGAUCAUUUCCUUCUGGAGGUGAAUGUCUCCAGCAGCAAACAGAAGUAAAGGCAGUAGAUCAGAAAGGUGAAAACUUACCUGUGAACAACCAUCAAGUUGCAGAUUUAGAAGAGAUGAACAUUCAAGGACAACAUCUGGUUUCACCACUUGCAGCUAGUGAGCAUUCAGAUAAUAUUGACAGAUCUUCACCACCAAAUGUUAAUUCAGGAGAAAAUGAAAAGAUUUUGGAGAAUUCAUGGUUAAAGAUCAAGAGGGUUGAAGAUGAAGAUACAUGAAGCUUUUUACUUUGUGUAAUUAACUCGAAAAAUAUUUUGUAAUGAAAGUACAUAAAUAGUGUAAACCUCUUAUAUUUUGUUAUUACUCAAAAAACAUUGCACUUUAACUCAUAACAUGUCAAUAAAGGUCAAUGAAAUUGAAUUUA